GGGGGAGGCUAAGGCGGGUGGGCGGCUCCGGGCGGCGGGACGAGGUGUGCGGCUGGCGGUGGCUGUGGACUGUUUGGCUUCCCCAGUCCUGCUGCCGGCUGACAGGGAAUUGGUGCGGGCUCCCCGGGGUGGCGGCGCACCAAUCUGGAGGAGAGGGCGGGAAAAGCUUUAGCUCUUACCAACUUUCUCCUCAGACUCCGUGCCCUGCCUGGCUGCUCUCUGAGCCCCGUGCGUCAAGCCGCCUGGCUGGCGGGAAAUGAGUAGCUGGGACGACCUUUAUCCACUCCCAAUGCCGCCCUCCUGGGUACCGGGCGCUGCCGCCGGGAUUGUUUCCUUGCACUUCAUCCAGAAACUCUUCUUCCCUUACUUCUGGGUUGACCUGAGAUACCUGCUGAAAGUACUGGUGUAUGGGCUGAGAGUGGAGAUGUACCGGCUGCAAGGGAGGAUUGUCACCGUCCUGGACAAGUUUGUGAAGCUGGCUGAGAAUCAGCCGCACAAGCCGUUCCUCAUCUACGAAGGGAAGGUGCACACCUACCGGGAUGUGGACAGGAGGAGUAACAGAGUAGCGCAGGUCUUCCUACACCACGGGGUUCUGAAGAAGGGCGACACCGUGGCCUUGCUGAUGAGCAACGAACCAGACUUCAUCCAUGUGUGGUUUGGACUUGCCAAGCUGGGCUGCGUGGUGGCUUUCCUCAACUUUAAUGUCCGCGCCAAAUCUCUCCUGCACUGUGUCAGUAGCUGUGACCCCAAGAUGCUGGUUGUGGGAGCAGAUCUGCUUGGGUCUCUGGAAGAAAUUCUUCCAAACCUCCAGAAAGACAUAAGUGUUUGGACAAUGACCAAAGAAUGCACUUUUCCAAGUGUCCAUACCCUUUUAGACAAAAUAGAGGAUGCGUCUGAAGACCCUGUUCCGGUUAGUCAACGCUCCGCCAACAACCUCAAAUCGCCUGUUUUAUAUAUAUUUACUUCAGGAACAACAGGUCUUCCAAAGGCUGCAGUCAUCAGUCACAUGCAAGUUCUUAAAGGAGCUGCUGGACUAUGGGCUUUUGGUGCUACUGCAGCAGACAUCAUUUAUAUUACUUUGCCUCUUUAUCACAGUGCAGCAUCUCUUCUUGGCAUUGGUGGAUGCAUUGAAUUGGGUGCAACCUGUGUAUUAAAAAAGAAGUUCUCAGCUAGUCAGUUUUGGAGUGACUGCAAAAAGUACAACGUGACUGUCAUCCAGUACAUUGGAGAACUUUGCCGUUACCUUUGCAACCAGCCAGUGAAAGAAGGAGAAAAAAAUCACAAAGUCCGACUAGCAGUUGGAAAUGGAGUAAGAAAUGAUGUAUGGAGAGAAUUUUUAGACAGGUUUGGUGCUAUUAAGAUCUGUGAGUUUUAUGGGGCUACAGAAGGAAACAUUUGUUUCAUGAACCACACAGGAAAAAUUGGAUCUGUUGGACGCACCAAUUUCUUUUAUAAGCUUUUUUUCCCUUUUGAUUUAAUCAAGUAUGAUUUCCUAAAAGAUGGACCAAUUAGAAAUAAUCAUGGUUGGUGUGAGAAAGUUAAGAAAGGUGAGGCUGGUCUUCUCAUUUCCAAAGUCAAUGCAAAAAACCCCUUCUUCGGUUAUGCUGGCAAUAAGCGACACACAGAAAAGAAAUUACUCCGUGAGGUAUUUAAGAAGGGAGAUAUUUAUUUUAAUACGGGAGAUCUAAUGGUUCAAGACCAUGAGGAUUUUCUUUAUUUUUGGGACAGGAUUGGAGAUACCUUCAGAUGGAAAGGGGAGAAUGUUGCAACUACAGAAGUUUCUGAUGUCAUUGUAAUGUUGGACUUCAUACAAGAAGCAAAUGUGUAUGGUGUACCUGUGCCAGAUCAUGAAGGAAAAGCAGGAAUGGCCUCACUUAUUUUAAAGCAGAAUGCAUCAUUAGACUUGGAGCAAAUGUAUAAGCAAGUAGUGACCUAUCUACCAAGCUAUGCUUGUCCUCUUUUUUUAAGAGUCCAGGAAAACAUGGAAGUGACUGGAACAUUCAAACAACAAAAAUUUCGACUGGUGGAUGAAGGUUUUAAUCCAUCUACCAUUACUGAUCCUCUUUAUUUUUUAGACAAUUCUAAGAAAGCAUAUGUCUCGUUAACCAAAGAAGUACAUGAGAUGAUCUUAUCUGGGAAAAUGAAACUUUAAUUAACCUAAUAAUUGGCUGUUAAGGGACAGUCUAGACAAGCUACUGUAGCAUUAAUUACCAGUAUUAUACAUAGUUAUCCAGAUUAAUAUUUUAUAUACUUGAUAGUUACAUUCAUGUAUGUCUUGUAUCUUUCUUCAUUUGGUCAUUAUUGUUGACUAAUCAUUUUUUACCUCCUGACACCAAUUUUUAAGUAAAUGACCUGUAAAAAAUGAAUGAAAUUUAUUUUAUCUUAAUUUCAGAAUAAAGAUGCUGAAUCUGAUAGUUUUUCUUAGUACUAAAUAAACAUAUGUGGUAUGAAGCAUAGAAGAAAAGAUUCAUCA